AUGGCGCUUAGGAUUCCUCUUCCAAUCGGUCCAAGAUCCGGCUAUGAAUUCGUCAGAAGCGACAAUAGCAGCUGCUCUUCGUUCGGGCUAUCCCUUGGCGGCAGCGGCAGCGGCAGCGGCAGCGGCAGCAGAGGAGUAGCUGUGAUUAAGUCCAGCUUAAAUCAGCAACGGAGAGACACAAAGGACACAUCUCCUAAAUCCUCCUCUGUGCUGCAAACACCGGAGAAGAUCGCCUCCGCUUUUGGCCAUGAAACAUUAAUCGCCGAUCUCGAACGUUUGUUUAAACAAGCUGCAGAUCCAUUUCGUCCGCAGCUCUCUGGACCUUUCUCUCCCUCUACGGGUGUAGGAUUCUCCGGUAGACCAGUCCGAGUCGCCUACCAAGGCGUUCGAGGCUCCUACUGCCAAGAAGCCGCCAUCAAAGCAUUCUCCCAAGUCUGCGAUGCUUUCCCCUGCGACCACAUGGAAGACGCCUUCGAGGCUCUCGAGCAUAAAGCCGCCGAUCGUGCCAUCAUACCUGUGGAGAACUCUAUCGAUGGAACGAUCGAUCGCAAUUUCGAUCUUUUAAUCCGCCAUGGCGAUGUCAACAUCGUCGGAGAACUAGUCCUCCCUGUAAAUCACUGCCUCUUGGCCUUUCCAGGUACCUCAAGAUCCGAUCUGAAACGGAUCGUAAGCCAUCCGCAGGCGCUGAACCACUGUAAGACCAGAUUGGAGUCAUUAGAUCUGGAAGUGGAAGAGGUCUCCAAUGCGGCAGACGCAGCGAGAUUCGUGUCGGAGAAUCGAAUCUCCGACACCGCCGUGAUUGGUAGCAGAAUCGCAGCUAAGGAAUUUGGAUUGAAGGUCAUGGAUCAGAAUCUUCAAGAUGGGAACUGCAACUUUAAUCGAUUCUUGCAGUUGGGAUUGGGAUCAGGGUUGGAACCCUUGUCCCUGGCCGGGAAAACCAGAACCACAGUAGCGUUUUCCUUACAAAACGGAGUCUCAGAUCUUUUCCGUGCUCUUUGGAUUUUCGAGAGCCGAAAUGUAUCGGUGACUCGGGUGGAGCACCGGCCGAACCGGUCUGCUCCGAUUAGAGUUGUUGAGAAGGGGACAGAAGAGUUCCGGUAUUUCGAUUACGUUUUCAUAUUGGACUUAGAAGGUAGCGUAUCGGAAGCGGGCAUUAGAGGUGCGCUGAAGGGGUUGGAAGAGAUAUCGGGGUUCCUCCGUGUUCUUGGUUGUUAUACGUGUGGCCACUAA